AUUAUUUAUUGUGUCAAAUUUCAUUUUGAUCAUAAAUUUUUUUUUUGCUGCCUUAAAUUACAAGAAAAAUUUUGACAAAAAUUAUUUUUGUACAGCUCACGUUGUCAUAUUUUCGAUCGCCAUGACAUUUUUAGCCGAAUUAGAACAAGAUCCAUUCGAUGGUGAAGAAUUUAUCGAACGUUUAGCAUGGCGUGCAACAAACGGUAAAUUCGAUGAUGUUGAUCUAAUUAGUGAAGCAUUCGAAAAUGGUAUCAAAGAUCUAAAAGCUAUUUAUGAUACAAAUCAAAAAAAAUGUGAACGUUUAGAGAUGAUUUGUCGUGAAGAAGAAAAAGGCCAUUGGAUCAAAGUUACCGAAUUACAACAGAAAUGUAAAGAUUCAUUAGCAACAUUUGAAAAAUUGGAUAAAAGAUUAGAUAUUGUGGCCGAUAAAGUUGUUUAUCUUGGUGAACAGCUUGAAGGUGUCAAUACGCCACGUAUGCGUGCUGUAGAAGCACAAAAAUUGAUGCAACAUUUUGCCAGAUACCUGGAAACGCCCAGUGAAACAUUGAAUUCAUUUGAAGAACUUUAUAUUGAAAAUGUUAAUCAAUUAUUUGAAGAAGCCGAUAUUAUACAAAAAUUAUAUCUAAUAUCACAAGAGCUACCAAAUAAUAGUAAAUUUGAUAAAGCAAAAGAAUUUAUAUCGAAAAAAUAUAAUCUAAUUGAAAAAAGAUUGAUUGAAGAAUUUUCACAGGCACAGAAAAAUGAUGAUCGAAAUAAGAUGAAAAAGAUUGCAUCAAUGUUAUCACAUUUCAAAGGCUAUUCACAAUGUGUCGAUGUUUUUAUUGAACAAAGUCAGAUGGGAAUGUUUUUGGGUGAAAAUAUUUUCAAUGAUAUUGUACCACUUUGUGUGAAAAAUCAGAAAACGAUCAAAGAAGUAUUCACCAAUCCUGAACAGGUGAUGUCAAAAUUUGUUUUGAAUAUUUUUCAUGGAAAAAUUCAAGAAUUUAUUCAAGCUCGAAUUAAUGAAAAUGAUACCCGUGAAUUUCUUACUGAAUUAUAUACAUUAUUCCAUAAGACAAACAAACUAAUCGAACAGAUUGCUAAACUAAAAUUUUUAGGUUGUGAUUAUAAUUUUUUGAAUAAAAUUACACGUAAUAUAUUCAAUAAUUAUCUGGACAUGUAUAUACAACGAGAAACAAAUUAUCUACGAGAUAAAUGUGCCUACAUAUUACAAAGUUAUUAUGAAUCGAAAAAUCAUCAAAAACGUCCAUUUACUACCGGUGGAUUUCAGGAAUUGAUACAAUCAAAAAUUGGAAGAACCAAUAUUAAUAUUGGAAAUUUAAAUAUCAACAUAUCGAAUCCGGAUUAUACACAAGGUGAAACAUUUCUUUCCGAAGAAAUUGCCAUAUCGAUAUUACAGGAAACAAAAAUGUCAUUACAAAGAUGUCAUCUAUUGUCAAAACAGCAAGAUAUUGCUCAAAAUGCAUUAUCAAUAUAUGAAAUUGAAUUACAAAGUUUAUGUAUUGAACAUAUUGAUUAUGCAAUAGAACUUGGUCUACAAGCCAUACCAUCGGCUGAAACAAAAUCACAACCAGAUAUACAUUUUUUCGAUAUUAUACGACAAUCAAAUGAAAUUUGUCAUUUGAAUGAAAAACAAUUUGUCAAUUGGGUAUUGCCAUUGAUAUCUUCGACAACAAAAUAUUCUGAAUGUAUUAAACGAAAACGUGAAGUUUAUCAACAAAUGGAAGCAAAAUUAAAUCAAGGUCUUGAGAAAUCGAUUGCAUCGAUUAUUGGUUGGAUCAAAUAUCUACUACAAAAUGAACAAAAGAAAACGGAUUUCAAACCUGAACAAGAAAACGAUGAUAUUAUUACAACCAGUACAAUAGCUUGUAAUAAGGUAGUGAAAUUCAUUAAUUUUUAUCAUAAUCGAAUAACCAAAUGUUUGGAUGGUAAAAAUGUUCAAGAUGUACUUACCGAUUUGGGUGUAAAAAUUCAUCGUACCAUUAAUGAACAUCUUCAACAAUAUCAAUUUAAUUUUAUGGGAGCAAUGGUUGUAAUUUGUGAUGUAAAAGAAUAUCGAAAUUGUAUCGAUAAAUUCAAGAUUCCAUUGUUAAGCAAACUGUUUAAUAUUUUACACGCUCUAUGUAAUCUGUUGAUUGUCGUACCGGAAAACCUUAAACAAGUUUCAAAUGGUGAUCAAUUGGUAAGCUUGGAACGUUCGAUAAUUCAUAGUUUUAUUCAAUUACGUGCCGAUUAUAAAUCGGCAAAAUUGCUGAAUUAUUUGAAAUAAUCUUCACAUCAAGAUUCUUCAGUAUUCGCCAUAUAUAUGUUAUAUUUUAUUUUUUUAAAAAAACUAAUAAAAUGAUUUUGAAUUAUGAAUGAAAA